CGUGCCGUCUUCCUCAACUGAAGGAAGUAAACAGAUAGGUAGGAGGAAGUGUCUUUGAUUUUGAAGUGUUCUAUGGCGGUAGGCCACUAAAUCUACUUAGAAAACCCAAGCGACAUCAAGCAUUAGACUAUCAAUUGAUCGUGCAUAAAAAGAAGAGAAAAUCUGUAGAGAAUUUACACUUUAUUUUCAAAUCACACUCGUCUGGAUCUAGUUCUCUAACCUACUUGAAUAUAUCCAAGUCAUCUCAGCUCGCCAAGAUAUCCUUAUUGAAGGUUUAAUCUCACUAUGGAGGGAGCAACUAAAGAGUCUAAACCUAGCGAUACCUCUCAGUCUGUGAUCGGUGAAGGAAGUGGCGAUCAAGACCAAGGCAUGGACAUUACACCGGAGAACGUCGCGUUUCUCACGCUCAAAUCGGAGUCGACGGGUGAAGAUGGCGAUGGUGGUCAGGCAUUGAGCCCCGUACCCACCCUAGAGAGCGUAGUGAGCUUGGUCACUGCCAACACCACAGACGUUACUGUGGCAGCAUUAGCAGCUGUGCAAGCUGCUGCUGAGUCAUCAAUUAAAAAUUCUGAGGCUGGUAAGGAUGGGACUGGUGCAACAACUCCAGGCAGCUCUUCAGCAGCUGCGGCUACGGCUCUAUUCCCUUGUCUAGUCUACUAUCCUGGCUCCAACAACUACAGCUUGAUAUGGGUACCCAUGGAUGGGUCCAACCCCGCCACUACUCAGCCGGGGGGAGCAGCUAUCUCCAGUCUAUUGUCAGCAGGAGUAUCACAGGCUAUGGCUCAGAGCAAUCCAUCCAUCAGCCAGGCCGUUAGUCAGGCCGUUACUCAGGCUGUUGUCAGUGCUGAAACAGUUCCCGCUGGUGUGACCUCCCCAACAUCUACCACGUUCACUGCGGCCGCACAACAGAACUACCUUCAACUGUUACAGCAGAUGGUACAACUACAGCAACUGCAACAAACCACCUCUGGUGAGACGACCUCAGCUGGGACAGUGACGGGGGCCCAGAGCACAUCAGGUGAUGUCCUCACCACCAACACUGUGGUCACACCCUCACUGACACAACCCCUCCUGGCCGACAAGCUCAUGUGGUCACCCUCCACCCCUGUGCACACAAUGGUAGACAACACACAGUCUUCUGUCGCUGUGACGUCCUCCCCACAAGUUGAGUUCAGCACUGGCUCACAGAUCCAGCUCUGGCAGUUCUUAUUAGAGCUCCUCACCGACCGAGAAAGUCAGUCGUGCAUAAAAUGGACGAACAAGGCCGAUUGGGAAUUCAAAAUCAUCGACCCUCCAGAGGUGGCGCGUAGGUGGGGCGAUAGGAAGAACAAACCCACCAUGAACUACGAGAAACUAUCGCGUGGAUUGAGAUACUAUUAUGACAAGAACAUUAUCAAGAAGGUCCCCAACCAGAGAUACGUGUACACGUUUGUGUGUGAUCUUGAGUCAUUAUUGGGACUAUCGUUCUCCGAGCUGCAGAAGGCACUGGCCUCCGGGACAGAGCAUGGUACGGCAAUCACUAUUGAGAAGAAACUGAACUCUACCAAGAAAGUAGUCAUAACUGAACCAUAGUUUUCUUUCAUACUGUUUCAGUCUAUAAAGGUUUUAGGGCAACAGCACUUCACUAGUUUAGUGUACUGUACCAUUACAACAUUAUAAUAAUAUCCAUGCGCAUCAUGCACUCCAUUCUUUCUUUGUACUGUUAGUUUCAUACUUUUUGUUAAACAUUUGCUCAAUUUCCCCACAGUUGACAUUUCAUUUUUACAAAUAAUUAUAAUUAUGAAGCCAACAAAAAUCAACUGAA